GCUCAAGUCAACAAACCAAAUCGUUCCACCGCGUGUUGCCCAGCUGUCAGGGCAGUUUCGCCUUGCAAUGGCUGAGGUUCUUUGUCAGGCCGCAUUCAAUCCGGGGAGCCUUGGGCAUCCGGAAGACUGCAAGCCUUGCAGGCAGCUCAACCUAGACGGCGGCUGCAAGUAUGGGAAGCUCUGCAACUUCUGUCACCUGGAGCAUCCGCGGGUGAAACAUCGCAGUCAAAGGGGAAGGCACAGCCUCCAAAAGAAAGAGUUUCAGCAGCAGAAGGACAAGCUGCCCAAGGAGCAAGUGAGGCUGGUCGACCGAAUAUAUGAUGAGAUGGAGAACUACUACCAGGCAAUGAAACAGAUCUUCAGCGCGGUUUCGCAAGGCCCCAACAGCCUAGACGCCUUGGAGGAGCAGGUGGCGCAUGAGAUCACCCAGAUCGGGUCUCUUGCUCAAGAGAUGCGGCCAGACAGUGCACGUAUUCCAGCACACGCGGGAGAGACGAAGACCGUCCAGACCCUGCAGGCCAAGUGCAAGUGGUUGAGUGGCACGGUGCACUUGUGCAUCCGCAAGUGGUGCGAGGCCGAAGAUGAGACGGUCUGGCUGCCACACAACGAGCGCCUGGUGAAUGAGUGCCUUGGGCGUCUCAAGGGGCUGACAGGAAGGCUGACGAGGCUGAAGGAAGAUCUGCAGGCGGUCGAGGAGAGGCUGGGGAGUUGUCUGGGCGCUAACCUCUGGCUGCGGCCGAUCCUUGGGCAGCUGAUCCGCAACAGGAGGCUGCGGGAGGGUAUCUCGCAGAAAGCGGAGACUGCAGAGCUGGUAAAGGAGCUGUAUGAGAACUUGGAGCGCUUGUUGCCAGUGGAGCGGACAGACUUUGAAACGGCGACUUGGGCUGCUUUGGAGCAGGCCAAUGAUCUGGUUGCUAAAAAGUUGGAGGAGCAGACUGCGAUGGUUGAUGAAAAGUUGAAGAAGUUGGAACAGACGGCGGACGAGUAUGAUGUAUUUUAGCCGAGGUCGGCCUUUUUGCUUGGUGCCAGGUGCUUUCAGAAUUUGAACAGCGCUUGCAUAAUUAGCAUGCAGCGAGCGGCACGGAAUGUGUUCGCCCUACAGCGCUGAGUCAGUGCUGAGGCGAUGUUUUCUUUGAAACACAGUAUUUACGUGGAGCUGUUGCCCGAGGGUCCACUAUGGUACAGUGUGACCCCUGGCCCACAUUGGGGCAGCCCAGUUUGGAUCUCAUGAUAUCAGCGCCCGAAGCAAUUCCACGGUUUUGGGCGCUGAAGGAUUUGUGCGAGUCGCACAAAGGCAUGGCAGUUUGUGCGAGAGCCACCGAGCGAUAGGGCGGGAAGCUGAUCUGUGUCA